CAUAACGACUGAUAACGGUGACCUUAUGCAAUCCAGACUUCUUAUAUAAGCCCACUGUUCCCGUCGACAAUUUAGUCCAACCAAGCAAUCAAUAUUUUCUAGGUUAAAUAAGAUUACGCCAGACAUUGUUUACCGAGGCUGACGCGAAGCUGGACACAUCCACCGAUUCAGUCAAAGCAACGCAGGGCGUAAACAUGCAUUUGAAAAUGGCUUUUCGAUUUUUCUUGAAUUUCGCGAUAGUCGUUCCGAUCUUAAUGUCAAUGUCGGCGCCAGACUUCGCUUUAGAUCUUGAACCUGGAUUUGACGUUUUCUUCAAGACGAAUCUCGAUGAGAUGGAGAAUGUACCAAUCUAUUUUGAUAAACCAAUCCCAAAAUGGCUCCAAGGAACACUGAUAAGAAAUGGCCUCGGCAGAUUUGAAGUCGGACAUCGAAACUUCACGCAUUCGUUCGACGCUUUUGGAAAACUAAGCAGUUGGGUGUUUCCAGGAAACGGAUCAGCAUUUUUCUCUACAAAGUAUAUCCAGUCCGAAUUCUACAAGGAGUCGGUGGAUAAAAAUGACAUUGCAAGUUAUCUAAUGUUUGAAAGUGUUGUUCCAAAAUUUAACGAAUUUCAAAAGUUAGAGGCUCUGGCGAGAGGAAUUGACAACAUGAACGUUAAUGUGUAUAAGUUUACUGACCAAGAUCACGAUAACAUAAGCCAGUACGUCGUUUUAAAUGACUUCUGGAAACUCUACCAGAUCGAGCCUUCGUCCCUUACUACAAUGCAAUCUGUAACAGCUGCUGUUCCGAGUGGAAAACAUUCAGGAGGAUUCGCAUUUCUGAGCUUCUUGUCGUCUGCUCACCCUCUUCCAGAAAGCGGAACGUUGAACCAUUUCACCUUUGUUUCCAGUGUUAGUAUAAUCCCUGGCAUCAAAAGUAAGAUCAGUCUUAUCCGGGUAAAAUCGACAACAGUGCGAGAGGCAGUCGCCGAGUGGGACGUCGACAAGGUACCGUACAUGCACUCAUUUUCGGUGACGCCGAAUUACGUCAUCAUUUUUGCUGCUCCUUUUUAUGUCAACGUUGAAAAGAUCUUGCGCACUGCCGAACCAUUUGACAGCCUGGAUUGGUUCGAUGAUCAAGAUACAACAGUGUACGUCAUACACAUCAAAACAGGACACGUACAAACAAUGACCAUCCAAAAUGUGUUUACCAUGCAUCAUAUAAACGCGUUCGAAAGAAACGAUUCCAAAAUUGUCGUUGAUAUAUCCGCCUACCCAAGCCCUGCUUUCGUCAAAAAUCUCGAAAUCGCCAUUUUACGAGACGUUGUAAAGCGGAACAAUUUUGACGCUCACGCUAUUGUGAAACGUUACGUCAUAGAUCUGGAAAAUAACAAUGCAACUAUGAUAACCUUCGAAACAAACGAAUCCAACGGCAUCAGGUGUGCUCACAAGCUUGAUAUGCCAACCAUUAACGAGAAUUACCGUUAUAAGGACUACUGUUUCGUGUACGGUGUUGUACUGAAAUGGGAUGACGUCCGUCUUAGUCGAAUCGCCAUUGUUAAGAAAGACUUAUGUGGACAAAACAGAGACCGUAUGUGGUUCGUGCCUAAUCAUUAUCCGACAGAGGCAUGGUUUGUUCCCUUCCCGUCAUACAAAGCGAAGAACGAAGAUGACGGCUAUCUCUUAGUUCCAGUUUUAGACGGCACCAAGAAAAAUACUUAUCUGGCUUUCAUCGACGCACGGACAAUGACUACUACUCAUCGCGCUUAUCUUCCCACGCCUGUCCCAUUUAGUCUUCAUGGACGAUUUUUCCCUGAACUAGUCGACGUCCCGAAUAAAACAAAAUUCUAGUAGCACCAUGAUAUGUACAAAGAGCGUUGAAACAUGUAUAUAUGCCGGAUAGCUACUAAUACCACUUACCUUUAUAUACAUUGGAUGUCCUGACAUACAUUAUUUUCGCUUGAAUACGACAACAGUAGAUCAUGAAUAUAUUUAAGUUAAUUUUAUGCGCUUAUAAAAUAAGUACAUAUCUAUUGUUACCCUCCGCGGUUUUGAUGAUUCAUAGGCUCUUAUUGUGAAUUAAAAUCCCCCUCCCCCUAGAAUGAUAAUGCUCACCUAGAUAAAUCACAAAUUCAUAAAGACAGAUAAUUCACAAUCUCAUUAAAAGAAUUCACGUUUAUCUAGAUGAUUUACACGCCCAUCCAAAGAAUUCAUAUGUUAAGUUUGUCAAGAAAUUUCACGUGUUCAUUUAAAAAAACGCUUCAGAGAGAAAACUCAUCCUCAUCUAUAUAACUCAGUUGUUGAUCUCUCUAGCGUUUACUUUCAUUUUCACUCAACAGUUAAUUUGUAACAUGGAACACUGUUAUUGAUAUAUUUUGUUCACCCUUAGAAAGCUCCGCUGAGUAUUGGCUUCUUUUCAAGAUUGAGCUAUAGAUGUGCUGCAAAACAUGUUCUAAUGAAUAGUUACAGUUUCUGGAAGUGGUACGGGGAUCCUUAAGGUGUAGUUACAGUUUCUGGAAGUGGUACGGGGAUCCUUAAACUUUGUAUUGAAUACAUACUGUAGCAGUUGCUUGUAUAUUUUAUAAUUAAUCAUGAACAAGAUAAUAUAUCACCUUAUGUAACAACAUUUUAUAAAUAAAACUAGUUUUGUAUAUCAUUUCUGUGCCAUUGUUUAUCCCAAUUUAUUGUUUGUAUUUAUCAUCAAGUAAGAGAUUUUCGAAUAUUUUGGUAGAUGC